GACCGGUCCCUGGGGGAAGGUGGAGUCUGGAGGAACCGAGCGCAGAGCCCGGGAGGGUCCGCCCGCAGCAGGAGUUCUCUGCAGCCGCCAAGCUGGAACUAAACGUGAAGACCGGGAGCGCCGGGCCCUCGGCUGGUGCCCAGCGGCUCCACCAGGCGGAGACCCUGGCAGAGAGCAAGCCCGCCGCUGCGACCUCCUGGAGGAGUGGCCGGGCCAGGACCGUGCUGCGCUGGUUCUCCACCGCGGUCCUGUAUGCCGCCUUCCUGGGGCUGGGAAUGAGUGUUGCUAUACUGGGACCCACAUUUCAAGAUCUGGCAGCGAACGUGAACAGAAAUAUCAGCGGCCUGUCUCUCAUUUUUGUGGGCCGGGCCUCUGGGUUCCUGUGUGGCACCAUGAUUGGUGGGGUUCUCUUUGACCACACGAAUCAGUUCUUCCUUUUGGGAGUGUCAAUGGUGGCAACGGCAGUGGGCCUUUAUCUCAUCCCUUUCUGCAAGACAGCAGUCUUACUGAUGGUCACCAUGUCUGUCUUUGGGGCUUCUGUUGGCGUUGUGGAUACAGGUGCAAAUGUCCUCAUCUUGGCUCUUUGGGGAGACAAAGUAGCCCCACACAUGCAGGCCUUGCACUUCAGCUUCGCCUUGGGUGCUGUCCUGGCUCCCCUGCUGGCUAAGUUGGCCUGGAGUACCUCAGAAUCCACUCAGAACCACACAGAGUCCAACUUUGACCCUCUAGUGCUGAACCGAUCCUCUGAAGCCAGCCCCGACUCUCUGUUUGCGGUACCUGAGAACAUGAAUCUGCUGUGGGCGUACGCUUCCACCGGCACCUUUAUUUUGGUAGUUUCUGUCUUUCUGUUUGGUCUGUUUUGUAUUAAACACUCAAGGCAGAAAAAGACCACAGAUUCUGCUCAGGGAGCUCGAAGAGCUAAAUAUCACAGGGCCCUGCUCUGUCUCCUCUUCGUCUUCUUCUUCUUUUAUGUUGGAGCCGAGAUAACAUUUGGCUCUUACCUAUUUUCCUUCGCCACCGCCCAUGUUGGCAUGAAAGAAAUUGAAGCAGCCGGCUUGAACUCCGUCUUCUGGGGGACCUUUGCAGCCUGCAGGGGCCUGGCCAUUUUCUUUGCCACAUUCUUACAGCCUGGAACCAUGAUUGUGUUGAGCAACAUUGGCAGCCUUGCUUCAUCUUUCUUUCUGGUGCUUUUUGACAAGAGCCCUCUCUGCCUCUGGAUCGCGACUGCUGUGUAUGGAGCCUCAAUGGCAACCACAUUUCCCAGUGGCAUUUCCUGGAUUGAGCAGUACACCAGCUUAACUGGGAAGUCUGCAGCAUUCUUUGUAAUUGGUGCCUCUCUAGGAGAUAUGGCAAUUCCUGCAGUCAUCGGAAUUCUUCAAGGAAACUACCCAGACCUGCCAGUGGUUCUGUAUGUCUGUUUUGCAUCAGCCAUAUUCACUGGAGUUAUAUUUCCCGUGAUGUAUAAAUUAGCCACCUUACCUCUGGAACGCCAGCGCAAAGGAAAAAGAAAAGGCGAGGACCAGAAAGCUUUGUCCACUAGUUCAGACUGUGAGCAAGAGACUAAACAGGAAGAUGAAAAAAAAAAAAAAAACAACAACAAUGAAAUGGAUUUUGAAGUGGUUGAAAUGAGUGACCCAAUGAGGCCAUCUGUAAUGGGAUCAUCUAGAGAUGUUCUGUUGGAACCCAUAGAAGGGCCCUUCUGCUCAGUCCUCUGCAGUUAAUAAAAGCAACUCCCUGAGACACUCCAGACAAAAAGGAUGUAUACUUAGAGAGGAAGAAUUCCUUAAGGAUUUCACAAAAUAUAGCAUUCAAUCAUCCAGAGAGUGAGGAUUUUUCAAUAUCUGCUGGCAUUCAUGCUUUCUGGGUCUACUUAUAGAAAAAGCUAGAGAAUUUAGAAACACAUUCUGUGAUUCUCAGUCAUCCAUAAGAUCUUGCUAGGAGAUUCUUUCUGACAGAUGCCUCUCAGGUAAUGUUGAUGGUCACCACCUUUCAGAGCAUGUAAAGAAGAUGGUUGGGUUUGGAAGCUGCGGGGCGUGCCAACAGCAGACAGAUGUGCUCGACAGUGAUCACCCACCUGUGUUCUGCCAGGUAUUCUGGGAGUGUUCUUCUGAAGGCAUCCUUGUAAGGGUCCGACAUUUCCACAGCUGCUGUAGGGCUGGGUCACAGAGUACCAGGGGCAAUGGCUUGUUUCAGGUUUUUAUUUCUACAGAGGAAACACAGAGCAAGGUUUAAGUUAUGUGUGGCUUCUCAACAGGACUCUGCCUCUCAGGUGUGCCCUGAGGCACUCAGCACAGGCUUCUGUAUCCUCUCCAGACCCUGAAUUUCUAUAAAGGAAGAUGAGAUGACUCCCAAAUUGAAAAUCUAUGUAUCAUUAAGUUUUUGUGAGAUGUCUCCUAGACAAGCUCUAGCUUGCUCGUCAUUGCAAAUUCUGAGUGAAACAGAGAUGAUCAAAAACUUAAUUAAGAAUGUGAUACUAAUUACAUGUGCUGUUUAAUGUAUCCAAGGCCAAAUAUAAAUAGUCUUUUGAAAAAUAUAGUGUUGUAAGAGGCUGCUCAUUUGUCCUGGGAGAAACGACAUAUGAGUAUAACAGGGCAAGCUGAGGCUCCGUAUCCUGGAUUUGCUGUUUGUAAGGCACGUGCUCACUCUGACUGGGUCUGUUCAUUGCCUACAGCUUGGCUUAUGUCCUGGCCUUGGCAGUCUGCAUUCCUGUGGAAUCUUUGAGAGCUUUGCCUUCUUCCUGCAGCUUCAUGUGGCUGUCCUGUAAGAGACUCCCUGCGAGCAUUCUGACCCUUCUGCCUGUGCCCCGGCCUCCUGGGACUUCCUUUGAAAUGUUGGGGGAGGCCCAGGAUCCCCAUUUCUCUUUCAUUCCGCAUGCUUGCACAAUCAGCAUCUUGCGGCUGCUGCUGAGUUUGCUGUCUUUGUGAGCUAUGCCUCAGUCCCAUGGACCCAGGCUGAGGCAGCUUCUCUGUGUCUUGCUGACUGAAUGAGAUUUUUAGUUCCUUUUUCUUUUUAUUUCUCCUUCUCUCCCCCCCCCAUCUCACUAACUAAAUUCUAUACCCAAGCUCUCUCUUCAUGGCGUAUCUGUCUGUCUCCCACCCGCUGCAGCCUCAGGACACCUGCUGUUGCCCCUUGUGGGACCAGCCUUGGGUCAUCCACAUCAUGAAUGAUAACAUUGGUUCUUUGACUCCUCUCUAAAUCUAACCUGCAUUGCUGGACCCAACAGAUUCAGUCCCUUGCUUAUUAUGGAAAAUGGUGGCAGUAGAACUUUGUCAUUUAACUGCCCGCUGUAGAACUUUGUCAGCCUGUAUCCUGUGGGUGAGGCAGAGAAAUAAAUGCCAAUCUCGGGCCAUCAUCCAUUCAUCUACAAGAUAAUGGGAGCUGAGAAAAGGCAGUUGCCCUAGAGGCACUAGGCCAAAAGGGAACAGGAUUCUGAAAAGGAUCCAUAGAUCUGAGAGGAACCCUGCCCUGGGCCUGAAAAAUGAAUGCAUUACUCAGUGAGUGCAGUGCUAAGGCAGAGCCUGAGAGAACCUUGCUUGUGGGAAGCGGCAGAGGUGAUCUUACCAACUGUCCCAGCUGACAGACAGAAAGUCAGGGAGUGGGCUGGUAGCACGUCCAGGUUUAGGAUUUUCACAAGCCUUGGACCUUACACCUGCAGUGCAGUAGUGGCAGAAACAGGGCUCCUUGAACGGAAGAGAGGUCGAUUCUGCUGCUGCCAAGCCCACCAGAUGGAGUGGGUCCUGGCAGCUGUGGGGCCAGUUUAGCAUGGGUGUGAUUAUGCAUGAGAAUGAAAGGCAGAUAGACAUAGAAAAAGGACAUUGCAUUUCCAGCUAACAAUCACGGGCAGAAUGAAAGCUAAUGAUAGGCAGCUAUGUAGCUUGAUAUCUGAGGGGAAAGGGAGAGAUGUAGUCUCCGUGAGUAAGGCAAGAAGAAGGUCCAGAGACUGAACUUCAGCAUCCAGGAACUUCAGCAUGGACUGUGGCUUAAGCUGGCUUUGGGUCGUCACUCACAAAGUCUAGGGGCCGUGAGAAUGGGUGGGCACAAACCAAACCUCUACAUCAUCACAUGAAGUUGGGGGCCUGAGUGAGGGGCUUUAAUCCUGAUAGGCAAGUGGUUGACCAUGGGGGAACCACCACUGAGUGAUUGCACACUCAUGGAGGUAUGGCCGAAUGUGUGGGAAGAACCUACUGUUUGAUAUUGGGUGUAGAAUUCCAGAGAUUUUAAGUUGGAAAAGUGACCAUAUUGAAGGGUAUAGGUCACGGGGUCCCUAGCAGUCCUUAGCUGGAAGGGAUAGCCUGCUGAGUUCACAGCACCAAUGAAAGAUUCAAAGUGGAGGGACCCUGGCCAGUCCCCUGGUGGGUAGGAGACCACAGCGAGUUGGAGACAGACAGAUAUGUCAUGCAUACAGAACUUGGGUAUAGAGUUUAUUUAAUGGGUAAGGGGGUUAUGGAGUGAAUAGAUAAACAGAGAAGGGAGAGAGAGAGAGAGAGAGAGAGAGAGAGAGAGAGAGAGAGAGAGAGAGAGAGAGAGAGAGAGAGAAUGGAGAGAGUGAGAGAGAGAGAGGCAGUAGUAACCUUUUCAGAAGAGGGACAGACAAACAGAGAGAAGAGUCACAGAACCAAUGUUGCUAUUUAUGACACCAGUGACCCAUCAUUCAUGAGAGAAAGGAGUCACCUAUCCUCCACCAAAAACCAAAAAAACACAAAAACCCUCUAAAACUCACUAAAAAUAUGGCCGCAGCUGAACAUGACAAAACACACCUCUAAUCCCAGUACUUGGGAGGUAGAGACAGGAGACAGGAGGAUCAGGAGCUCACGGUGAUUUUGAGCUACAGAGUGAGUUUAAGGCCAGCCUGUGCUACCUGAAACUAUCUCCAAAAAAAUGAAGACAAAAAACCCACAACCACCUCGGCCACUCCCUAAAAGCUUGAACUAUCCUCCUUGAAGUACCAACAGGUGCUGCAUUAGACAGCGGCUAGCUUUAGAUUACCCCUUAGCACAGCAAGGUGGGGUCUUGCUGACAGCAAAAUUGCGGUGCUACAUCAACACUUUGGGAAUGACAGAGGCUGAUACUCAUGAGGUCUGUCCUCAGACUACCUGGUUCCAUGAUUUUAGCCCAGCAUCUGAUCCCUAUUCCAUUUGGUUUACCAUCGAGAGUUUAAACUGAAGUCUGGAAAGAGCUCCAUGAGUAGAGUGCCUGCUAUGCAGAUGUGUCCAGAGGCCGUGUAAAAGGCUGAUUGCACAAGCGUGGACUCCCCAUGCUGCCUUCACUGUUGGGCCUGAUGAGGCACAGAGGAAGUUAGAAAUGUGUGAAUAAGACAGUUUUUUAAAAGGAUUAAUUUAUUAUUUUUUUAAAAAAAUCUUGCCUUGCAUAUGUGUAUUUGUGCAUAUGAGUGCAGUUGCCCAUGGAGACCAGAGGUGUCAGAUCCCCUGAAGGUGGAGUCACCGGCCAUUGAAAGCCACCCAGUGCAGGUUCUGGAAUUAAACUCUGAACCUCUGCAAGAACUGCUGAUCCAUUUCUCCCUUCCAGGAGAUAGAUUUCAAGCACUACACUGGAGAAUCUCUAAGCUGCUGGCUGACCUCCCAUUGUGGGCUAAAAAUAAACAGGUGCUGGCCUGUGAGCGAGACCAUUGCACAAGCUGUGAGUUAAAGAUAAACUAAAGAAAGAGGCUUCAUACUGGCUGCAGACCCAACUCAGUGAUUAGUCUUAACAAUACAAAACUUAGAGUCAGAUAUCGAGGGUGAAAGCUGAAAAAAAUCACAGAAGAAGAGCCAGUCACUAAAGACUUCUUACCUCUACGAAUCCUCAGACUAAACUGGGGAUAUUCUGUCUCCACCUGCUUUAUAUUUCUGCCUCCACCUCCCCCUAGUGCUGAGAGUAGAGGUGUGUGCCACUCAAGUGACGGGAUCAAGGCAUGAAAUUCCAAGUGCUGAGAUCAAAGAUGUGAGCCACCACUCUCUGGCCUCUAUGGUUAACUAGUGGCUAGCUCCAUCCUUUGAUCUCUAGACAAGCUUUAUUUAUCAUAUAACAGGUUAGUGUGUGUAGCUGAGACCUGAGCUAUUGAGUUAGAUAUUGUUUCAGUCCAAGGUAGAGAAUCUAGACUUUGAUUAUUCUGGGCAAAUACUCAAGCACUACAUUCCAGGCCCAGUCUAGACUUGAUACAUGAGCUAUUGUUUCGCUAUCCUCUUACAGCCAGGAAUUCACUGACCACUCUUGAGCAAAUUGUUAUGUCCUCUGUCAACUGUAGUCCUCCCCUCCCGGCUGUAGACAGAACUAAGGUUGGGUCUGUGUUAGGAGGGUUGUCGGUAGGUGUGAAAGCUGACCUGUUGCAGAAUAUUCCUUUACACUAGGUGAAGAUAUGUCAUUGGGAUUGGUUUAAUAAAAAGAUAAACAGUCAAUAGCUAGGCAGGAUUUGGGGGCAGAGAGAAUGCAGGGAAGAAGAAGGAAGCCUAUACACCAUGAGAUACAGAAGAAGCAGGACAUGCAAGGGAAUAGGUAGCAAGCCAUGAGCCACAUGGCUGGAUAUAAAUGAAUAGAAUUUAAGUUAUAAGAACUAGUUAGAAACAAACCUAAGUUAUAAGCCAAGCUUUCACAAUUAAUAAGAAGUCUCCCUGUCAUGAUUUGGGAGCUGACUGGUAGAACAGAAAAAGAGUUGCAUUACAUGGAGCCCAACAUCUGGCCAAAAUAUUCACAUAAACCCUAAGAAAGCUUUUUUAAAAAGUUCAGAACAUAUAGACAAAAACAUGGCUUCCUGGUGACCACUGUCUCUCAGGUAGGCUUGGUGACAUACAGAGAUGGGGCUAUUGGUUAUUACCUACAGUCCAGCCAUGAGUGCCAUGCACUAAGAUGAGCUAAGACGGCUGACAGAGGAUGCUGCAGAUGCUCAGUACAGACAGAUCCAGAUGGAAAAACUCUAAACAGUUUUUAACUGUGUUUAACAAUCUACAUAGGCUUAAAACAAAAGGAUAUAGACAGUCAUCAAAAAUAGUUUAAAAAUAAUAAAGUCUUUAAAGAAAGAGUAAAGUAAUAAAAAAUAAAAGCCGUGUGGGGAUGGGAAAUACACAGGGAAUCUGGAUCCUGCAUAUUAUUUUGUUGUAUUCUGGUACAGGACAAUUCUGUAUUCUGUCAAUUAUAUUUUAAAUAAAUGCUGAUUGGCCAGUAGCCAGGAAGGAAGUAUAGGCAGGACAACCAGACAGGAAGUAGAGGUGGAUCAAAGAGAACAGGAGAAUUCUGGGAAGGUGGAAGCCCAUUCCUCCACAGUCCUGCUCAGACACUGAAAAAGCAGGAUGUGACCUACCCCGCUGAAAAAGGUACUGAGACAUGUGGCUAACAUAGAUAAGAAUAAUGGGUUAAUAUAGGUUAUAAGAGUUAACAAGAAGCCUGAGCUUCAGUUCAUAUCUAAUGUAGACUCUGUGUGAUUUUCUUUGGGACCGAAAGACUGUGGAAACUAGGCAGGACAGAAACCCCAACAAGCAGGCCCUCAUGUUACAGUAUUUAAAUUUUUUGAUUGCUGAUGAACAAACAAUAUCUGCUAAGAGACACUAAAUUUUAAAAAUUACUGAAUUACCUGGGCGGUGGUGACACACACCUUUAAUCCCCAUACUCAGGAGGCAGAGGCAGGUGGAUCUCUGUGAGUUUGAGGCCAGCCUGGUCUACAGGAGCUCGUUCCAGGACAGGCUCCAAAGCAACACAAAGAAGCCCUGACUUGAAAAAAAAUUACUAACCUGUAUUUUUUUUAAAUGUCUUAACUUCAAAAUGGAAAUAAAAAAUAUGUUGCAUUAGAGAAAAGGUUAUAUUUUUAUUUCUAUAAAAAAAAUAAAGGGCUAUAGAUUUAUUCAAGGUUAUAGAUAAUCAGGUUUGAUUGGGGGAGACCUCCAUAAAAUCCUGGCUACAGACUUAAAGAAAUAAACCUAAAAAAAAUAGAAGACAAAUGAUACAUGUUUUACCUGCUCAAAUAUAAAACAAAAAAAAUCAUCUUUAACUGAAUUGUGCGUGCUAUACAUUCCAUACUUGUGUUAGCACAGAAUAUACAUAUUAUAUAUAUUCUAAAAAGUUUCUGUGUUUUCAGAGGGACCACACACCAAUACAAACAGGUGGCCCAACUUAUCAGGCUUCUCAGAAUAUCUCUGUUGUAGUUUUCUCAGAGUUCAGCAUCUAGAAUAGCUUCAAGGCUGCUGGCUGAAAUUCUCUAGUUUCACAGACUACUCCAGCCAGGACUUCACUAUUAUCCUUAUUUUUCAGGAUCCUCCAAAGAUACCAGCACCCCGAUACAAUAGGAAGCAGUCUAAAGAAUACAAUGCUCACAUUCCCAAAGAGAUGGGAUUAGUGGUUUUGGUUAUUGGAUGGACUAUGGAUGUUUGUCAUUGUUUAGGGGGGCUGCUUACUGAUUGUGUUUGGUCAUGGUCAGGAAAAAAAGCUGAACAAAGGAGAUUAGAUUAAGGGAUCUUGUUCUGAAAAGAAAAAGGGGAUAUGGAAAUGAUAGAAUAAAAUGGUAGAUUGUUGAAUCUACUGUAAACCAAAAAGGCAACCACUAGCCUUAAAUAUUUUAUAUGGCAUGAAUUUUUGUAUAUUGACACAAAUUUGAGGUUAUUUUUGUUAUACGGCAUACAUAUUUCUAUUCUCAUUUAAGAUAUUUUUUAUAUUGAUACAAAUUGGAGGUUACUUGUUAAAAUUUCCUGUACAUGCAUUACUACUCUUGUUCGAGUUAUUGUACCCAUUCAUUUCCUUUAGCAAUGAAAUGCAAAGUUUUAGUACUUAAAAGUUAUUAUUAAAAAGUAUUUAGGAUAAUAAAGAAAUGCAGUUUAGUGGCUAGUCACCUAUAAUAAUCAAACUUGUAGUCAUGUUAGGUAUGUUUUCAAGGUCAAACAGAGAUGUUUUAGAUGGACAGGUGGUCUUCAAAUGCUUCAGAGAGCUACAGAAUAUGGCAUUUAAAAUGUUUCAAUAACAUAAGACUUUUCAGGACAAUGAGACACAGUCUGCUUCUGGCAGCACCAAUUUACUUCCAUAAAGGAUGAUGGGCAUCAAAGAACCUCCAUAUGGAGUUUUCUUUCUUUGCGGCAAAGUUACCCCACUGGGCCAAGAAACUUCCCUUGCCUCAAAUGCUGACUGUAUGCUGUCCAAAUUGCAAAAACCAGGAUACAAAGGAAAGUAUCUGCUGAACUUUGCCAAGACAAGGCAGGGCAGUCUUCAAGAAUCCUGCUUCACAGAAAAGUCUUCAGAUAUUCUAGGCCUGUAGACCAAAGAUGGCUGGCACAAUGUUACAGAGAAACCUUGGAUGACUCUCCAGGAAGCCAGCUGUUUCUGUCAUUUCUAUAGGUCUGAAAGUUGUUUUCUCUAUACUUCCUGUUUACUCGGGUAAUAUAUCUUUCCCAGAUCUCUAAUGGAGUUGAAGACUAGAGAGUUAUAGUUACAGUUUUCCUUGUUACUAAAUUCAGAAAAAAAAAACUCACAAAAAGAUGUAAAGUUUGUAAGGUUGAGAGACAUAAAAGCUUAUCUAACAAAAUGUUUGUGGUCUAAAAAAUAGUUUUGGGUUGGUAAUACAAGUUAGGAUAGAAAGUCAAUUAGAUACAAAACUUUUGACUCACCAAGAUAGGAUAGAUAAUGGAGUAUUUUCUCUGAAUAUGCCAAAUGCAAAUGAACUAGACAUUGUGAAUGUAAUUCUUACAUGAUAAUUGCUCUUACUGUAUAUAGUUCUGCUAUUUUAGAGUUAUUUAGACAAAAAAGGAAAAUGUUGUGAAAUGUUCCUUUAUACUGUGUGAAUACAUGUCACUGGGGUUGGUUUAAUAAAAAGCUAAAUACCCAAUGACUAGGUAUUUGGGGGGCAGAGAGAAUGCUGGGAAAAAGAAGGCAGAGUUACCAGUGAGAUGCAGAAGAAGCAAGCAGGAUGUGUAGGAGAUGAGGUAACAAGCCAUGAGCCAUGUGGAAGCAUGUAGAUUAAAAGAAAUGGCUUAAUUUAAGUUAUAAAAACUAGUUGUAAACAAGCCUAGAGUAUAGCCCAACCUUUCAAAAUUUAAUAGCAAGUCUGUGUGUUGUAAUUUGGGAGCUGACUGAAGGGAAAAGACUUGUUAUACUGACCCAUGAGGUUCAGCCGGCAUUGGUAGCGUGUGCGCAGCAUAGCAGGCCUGGCAUUGGUAGCUUGAAUGGAAGAUAGCAGGCCUGGAAACCGAGAUGCUGAACAGACAGGACAGGGAGUUGGGACGUCUUCUAAAGGGGACCUUCUGGUUUCUCUGCUCCCAGGUGACCUGAAGGGGAUACACCAGGUUCCCCCUUGCUGUUCCCAACCCACAUUUCUUCCAAACAGGUUUCUGUUAUCUUAGCUCUUUUUUGAAGACGUUGCAAAUCCUUCAUAAUUCUAGUGACCGAGACAUUGUUUUUGAGAGUUGAGGUUAAAUCUUGUGACUAAACCGAGCCCACUAAGCAUGACUGACAGCAAGUGCAAUGAACCCGCCUUUCUCCUUUACCACACCCUCUGCUCUCCUCCUCUGCCUCUGCGUUGCUCUGCGCAUGCUUGCCCACUGACUUGGUGAAGCCGUGUUUACAACAGCACAGUGGAUGUGGUUUGGCUUUCACUCUUUUAGGACUGCCAACAGCAAGGAUUGCUUCAUCUUCAGGGCUUUCCAAAUCUGGAAAACCGGGUAGUCUUUCAUUUGGCCCAAGUACACGGAGCUGAUGUUCUUAGAACCAGAGGUUUUAAAGGCUUCCCAGAAUAAGGUCGAGAUCUGUUGGUCUUGGAAACAAAAUAUCCUGUUACUUCCUGCUGUAGUGAUCCUUGCUGGGGCACCAGCAUCGGGAGCUCCUGAGCGCUUGUUCAGUACCUGGCAGUGCCGUUACCAGAACUGUUGGGGUGAGACUGGGCCCUGGCACCCUGACAGCGGUGACAACCAAAGCUGUGUUGUAGCUGUCAAUUACUGUGCCUAAGAGAUCCAUGGAACAAAAUGCAUCUGCAAGCCCCUUGCCUAAGGACAGAUACUUCCCGGAAUGCUGGAAACUGUGUGGAAGAUAACAAGUCACGUGCUUUCUCUCCCCUAAACAAGUGUGUUUGCUCUUAGCUGUGCUGGAUGUGCUUGAUCACGUGGAGGCAGGAGGUUUGAGGGCAGGAAACACGUCAGAUUGUUUGCUUGCCUAUGAUUGGAUGUAGGCGGAGAAUAUAUAUGAAGGAAGUGUGUCAGGAUGUAUGCUUGUCACUGAUUGGACCUUGUGGGAAUUUAGUAGCCUAAUGGGUUUGUCUUUAUAAUUCUGUGCAAAUUUGCCAUUUUCUGGGAACCCUGGAAUGGUCCAAAGCCCAUUGUCCUGCCCACUAUUUAAUUAAAGUAUGAUUCAAAUUUAACUCAAAAA